AUGAAGAAGAUCCUGGCCAUCAUCUCCAUCAUGUUCAUCGUCCUCUCCACCAUCGCCCUGUCACUCAACACGCUGCCUGAGCUGCAAAGCCUGGACGAAUUCGGCCAGAGCACGGAUAACCCGCAGCUGGCCCACGUGGAGGCGGUGUGCAUCGCAUGGUUCACCAUGGAGUACUUGCUGAGGUUCCUGUCCUCACCCAAGAAAUGGAAGUUCUUUAAGGGGCCGCUCAAUGCCAUUGACUUACUGGCCAUCCUGCCCUACUAUGUCACCAUCUUCCUCACGGAGUCCAACAAGAGUGUGCUGCAGUUCCAGAAUGUGCGGCGCGUGGUCCAGAUCUUCCGCAUCAUGCGCAUCCUUCGCAUCCUGAAGCUGGCCCGACACUCCACCGGCCUGCAGUCCCUGGGCUUCACACUGCGAAGGAGCUACAAUGAGCUGGGCCUGCUCAUCCUCUUCCUUGCCAUGGGCAUCAUGAUCUUCUCCAGCCUGGUCUUCUUUGCCGAGAAGGAUGAGGAUGACACCAAGUUCAAAAGCAUCCCCGCCUCUUUCUGGUGGGCCACCAUCACCAUGACGACCGUUGGGUAUGGGGACAUCUAUCCUAAGACUCUGCUGGGGAAAAUCGUGGGGGGCCUCUGCUGCAUCGCCGGGGUCCUGGUGAUCGCUCUUCCCAUCCCCAUCAUCGUCAAUAACUUCUCCGAGUUCUACAAGGAGCAGAAGCGACAGGAGAAAGCCAUCAAGCGGAGAGAGGCUCUGGAGAGGGCCAAGAGGAAUGGCAGCAUCGUGUCUAUGAACAUGAAGGAUGCCUUCGCCCGGAGCAUUGAGAUGAUGGACAUCGUGGUGGAGAAAAAUGGGGAGAACCUGGCUAAGAAGGAUAAAGUGCAAGAUAGCCACCUGUCUCCCAACAAGUGGAAAUGGACCAAGAGGGCACUGUCCGAAACCAGCUCAAGUAAGUCCUUUGAAACCAAGGAGCAGGGGUCCCCAGAGAAGGCCAGAUCCUCUUCUAGUCCUCAGCACUUGAACGUCCAGCAACUGGAAGACAUGUACAAUAAGAUGGCCAAGGCGCAGUCUCAACCCAUCCUCAACACCAAGGAGAUGGCACCACCGAGCAAGCCGAAGGAGGAACUGGAGAUGGGAAGCAUGCCCAGCCCCGUGGCCCCUCUACCCACACGCACAGAGGGCGUCAUUGACAUGCGUAGCAUGUCCAGCAUCGACAGCUUCAUCAGCUGUGCCACGGACUUCCCUGAAGCCACAAGAUUCUCCCACAGUCCUCUGGCGUCCCUCUCCAGCAAGGCUGGGGGCAGCACAGCCCCAGAGGCAGGCUGGCGGGGGCCUCUGGGUGCCAGCGGUGGGAGAAUCCUGGAGACCAACCCCACCCCUGAGGCCAGCCGCUCUGGUUUCUUUGUUGAGAGCCCCAGGAGUUCCAUGAAGAUCAACAACCCCGUGAAGCUUCGGGCGCUCAAGGUCAACUUCAUGGAGGGUGAUCCCAGCCCGCUGCUGCCCUCUCUGGGAAUGUAUCAUGAUUCUCUGAGGAACAGGGGCGGUGCGGCCGCAGCUGUCGCAGGGCUGGAGUGCGCCUCCCUCCUAGACAAGCCUGUGCUGAGCCCAGAGUCCUCCAUCUACACCACAGCAAGUGCCAGGACACCUCCUCGCUCUCCGGAGAAACACACAGCAAUAGCGUUCAACUUUGAGGCAGGCGUCCACCAGUACAUAGACACAGACACAGACGACGAGGGGCAGCUGCUCUACAGCGUGGACUCCAGUCCUCCCAAGAGUCUCCAUGGGAGCACCAGCCCCAAGUUCGGCAUUGGAGCUAGAACGGAGAAGAACCACUUUGACAGCUCCCCCCUGCCCACCUCCCCUAAGUUCUUACGGCCCAACUGUGUCUACUCCUCCGAAGGGUUGACUGGGAAAGGGCCUGGGGCUCAAGAGAAAUGCAAGCUGGAGAACCACACCUCCCCGGACGUGCACAUGCUGCCUGGAGGAGGAUCACACGGGAGCACCCGGGAUCAGAGUAUCUGAGCUCCCCACCACAGAGAAAUCAGGGAUUUGCAAGAGAAAUCGGGGAGGAGGGAUGUUUGGCUUGCCUGCCGCUGAGUUCGGCCUGAACUUGGAGACACAGGCCCUGAAGAAUCCCAGUGACAGGAGAGACCCUGAGAGCCAUGCCGGGUCCGUGGGCACGUGACCAGCCACGGGGACCACAGCUAACAGCAUCUUCCUGAGAUGACAUGAGCGGAGCUGACAGCCACCACUAAGACCUAGCCUGGGCCACGUACUUCCUAGUCUCCUCUGGAGGCUCUCUCAGCCUUCGAGUGAGCCACCACCGUCUCUCAUGGCUUCAGCUGGAGGAGGGUGCUGGAGCAAGGGGCUGCUAGUGAAAGAGUGAGCCGACCAAGUAGUACUGGGUGUCGCCUAGUCACCCCCAAAAACCAGGAUCCUCCUGUUGGAAGGGUACAGGGGACUCUUGAUCGUGAGGAAUUCUGGGCACCAUCAGCCAUACCCCCAACGCACAACCUUAAACGAGCAGGGGACUUCGGUGGUUCAGUAUUCCGUGGUCCCUGGGGCUGUAUUCCGAGACACCGACAGGGUAAGCUGACAGUUUGGACUCAAGUCCUUCUGCCCACCUGGCGAUCGAGGAAGGCUUCCGACGGCUGGCACGCAGCCGAGGGGAUAAACCAGGGCACUGUCUCUGGGCUGCCACAGGGAUGAGCGUUCCAAACAGCUCCAGCCUGGGCUCAAAAGAUAUGAACGCGUCAAAUAUGCAAACCGAGAUAGCUUAUUCAAAGAGACUGUGCGUGACUGAAAAACAGCAUUAAAAAAAACAAACAAUAAACUUCAUUUUCUACAUGAAAAAAGGAAGGGAAAAAAAAAGAAGCCUCACUGAACUGCCCUGUGCAGGCUUGUGACUGCAUACUGCUGCAGGGAACACCUACUAUGAAAGGAGUUUUUUUUUUUUUUUUUUUUCUUUGUUUCUUGUGGUAUUCAAGCUAAUAAUAAUAAGUUAAUAAAAAGCACUUUAUGUUUUUCUAAUCUAGGUUCUGCCAGGGACAGUGUCAAGAUCUCCCACUUUAAAACAAGCACUAUCUCCCUUGGGCCGCAUGCUGGCCCUGCACUUGGGGUGUUACUUGUGCCCGUUUCUGGCCACGGUGGGUCUACUGUCACCACAUCAGAGUCUGGGGUUCCUUCACGGUCCCUCAGGAUCACCCCUCAUGGGUCAGGAGGGGUCCUCAGCCCUUGAGGCAGGGCUCUCUUUAAAGUCUUGUGUGCAGGAGGCACUCGCGUCUCAGCAGGGCACGGCAAGAGUUGGGUGUCGGGUGUUGUACCGUUCUUCCUUGUCAACCAGCCAUUGUGUGUUCUGUCUGUCCUGAAAGCCCGACGCUCCUUCCUGCAGCCAUCUAGGCAGACGGCACAGCCAAAAGCAAUAAGUACCCAUGUGUAUCCCUAGAGGUUCCGGUGUACUUUCUGGUGUCAGUCUUCCUGUCCUAGCGUGUUGGCCUGGCGUCGUCCUGCCGGCUUGUAACCCAGCGGCACAGUGCUGUUGGCCCUUCCUCGGUGACACCAGUCUGCGCGAUGCUAUCAUUAUGGCGGCGGUGUUGUUGGUCAGUCUGUCUGUGGUACAAUGGGGUAAUGUGGUUUUCUUACCAUAGUGUUAGUGGAUAACGUCCCUAAUGCUGUAGUGUCCUCCUCGCUGUCCUCAGAACAGUGACAGGUGUGUGUCUUCCUGAUGGGGCAGUGACAUGCUACUGAUCACCUGUCCUCGGUAGAACGUGUGGCUGAUCUGCCCGGUGGUUCGAUGGCGUGAUCCAUCCAUCAGCACACGUAGGUCACAACGUUCUGCCUCCUCUCGUCUCCACGGCUGAGGUCGGGCCACCUGUCCCAGGUAGGAUGCUAAACGGUCAUCCGCCAUCCUUAAACGUCUCUACCGUUCACGACACUUCUCAUUCUCUCCAGAGACCAGGGUCCCCCCUCCCUCCAGAGGGCGAAACUUGGUAUUUGCCGUGUGAAUGAGGAAGAGAAAAAAAAAAAGAGAGAAGUUGGCUCUGUGUCACCGUCCUCAGAGCUUUCUCAAAACAGCACAGGGGCCGAGACCGUGAUGUCACCUGCACCAGAAGCACCCUGGAGGCAGGAAGCAGGGAGCCUCCAGAGCCCCCUUGCUGAGCUCAGCCUGGUGCAGGGGGCCUGCUGACGUGACCGUGGGACCGUUCUGCUGACCACCUCCCAUGUCUCUUUGUUUCUCAUCACCAUAGACGUCACCCAUCAGCACAAAUGUGAAAAUUCAGGGAAAACAAACAAAUGUUUUUUUUUUUUUGAUAAAAAGUAAAUAGUUGUGAUUUCGGAUUCAGAUAUUUUUAGAGCUAUCUGUAAAAACUCCUACUGAUGAUAUAGUCUAUUUUACAUAUCAGGAAGUAAACACGUCUUAACAUAGCCAUAUAUAGCCAGAAGGAAGUUACCGCCCCCUUCUUCAAACCAAGGCAUUUCAUUUGUUGGUUAAACCGAUGGUGGGUGUACAGAGUAGGAAUGAUUUCUUUCUUUCUUCAGAACCACUUGGUGCGACUUUCCUUGUAACCAAAGGCCCCUUCUGCCUUGUGUCACGUAGGACCUGCCUGUCCCUCACUCCUGUGCUUUGUCUGACCUUAAAGUAGCAUUUUACGGAGCAAAUGGCGGAUUCAGAAUGCCCUUCCCAGCUGAAUAGGCAGAGUCCGACAGAGUUCCUGUACAAACAAUCAUUGAAACAGUGUAAACUAUGCGUAAAAAUUUUCCGUUUUGUUUUGGCUUUUGUUGGCUUUUUUUUUUUUCUUGCACUUACGUAUGUGUGGGAAUAUAGCUUUUUUCCCCACGUGUGACUCAAGUUAGACUACUGUAAAUUUUUCCUACCAGCCCUCUACCUGCUAAAAAGGAACACAGUUUCAUUCCGCAUGUACCUGACCUGGGUACCUGUGUUUACAAGUGUGGGGUAAGCUGGAUAAGGCUCACCAAGAUGAAGCUGAAUACGGCAGGUGGGUCUGAGUAGUGAAGAGGGGAGCCAAGGUGUGGAAGCAGAGGCCACCUGAAGUUGGUGGUCCAUUUCAUCCUUGGCCUGACCCAACCAGAGCAAAAGGAAGUGAGGUACCCAAAUAACACCAGGGCCUGAUGGUGGAGAUUAUGAAAUCAACAGGACCAUCAAGAACCCAGCUGAACCUGAGUUCCGGCACCCAUCACGUCAUCAGAAAAGGCCAGGCAUCAGGCAGCUGUGCUUGCCCAUCACACUGGGAAAUCUGACCCCUGGGAGAGGUGAGGAGAAGCCAAUUCUUUCACCUUUUCAUCUUUGGAUGCCCCCAGAGCAGUGGAUCUGGGCUACAGAUUUCUCUCCAGGAUUCCAUCUUCAGCACCGUUAGAGGAGAGAGAGAAAAAGAGAAGAGGACUUUUGUCAUCGAGGAGAGAGGAGAUACCAAAGUCAUGAGGAAGCCACCCUUAACGCACUCCACUUGCCCCAACAGUUGCUGGGAAUCCGAGCUUACUUUCCAGCUGAGUCUCACCUUCUCUUCCACCUCUUCUGUGUUCCAUAGCUGCAGCCUCGUCUCUUCCCCUUCUCCUGAAAAGAUCCGCCUUUCUAAGGAGAGAGAGAGAAAAAAAAAAAAAAACUCAACAGCAUCCUCUUCUCUACAACUGUAAUGUAUUGCUGAUAUUUGUAAUUAUUACAUAUUUGUCUGACUCUGGUCAUGGCUGAAAUGCCUAGUCCAUGAACAAGGGGAUAUUUAAAAUUCACAGACAAGGGUCCCUAAAGCCAGGUCUCACUCUCUCUAUAGAUAUAAAGAUAGAUAGAUAGAUAGCUAUAGAUAUAUAAAUCUCUCUCCUUUCCUUAUUUCUCUGCCAACUCGUCUGAAGUGAAGUGACCACAGGCUACACUAACUCAAAGGAGGGCGCACAGAAAAGCUUCUAGAACACACUCCUUCAGAGACGUACUUUGUGUGUUUGUAGCUGAGAAGUUGGCAGGAGAAAGAUGGGGCUUCCCAGGUCCCCAGCAGGACAAUAGAACACUCUAGCUUCAGGCAUCUCAUAACCUAUUACUGUUUAUAUGACAACACCCAAAUGCUUUCAUGUCACCAGGCCAGGGCCGCCCAAACCAGCCCUGGCCACACCUGGAAGUAAGAGUUACCUCUGUGUUUUCUGUUGCCAUUUUUCUGGCUCCAGAAACAUCUAUAUCCUAGGACA